UGAUGGUUACCUGUUUUGACGUGGAGUGAGUGACUGUGGUCACAGAACAAAUCAUCUUACACACAUUCAACUAAACUGAAUAAAAAGGAAUUUCUCUUGAGUACGCAGAUGCAAAGGUUAAACGAGGCUAAGCUUUUUGGAAUUAAAUGCAUGACCCAACUGCAACCAACUUUCAGUCGACUCGUGUGGUAGAAAACCAAAGAGCAGUUUGCCAUCCGCUCCAUUAGGUGGCAUAAGCGGGCUUCAAUCCAGACUGAGACCUUUGGAUCCUUGGCAACAUGACGCUUCAUUGCAGUCGCCUCAACACCUUUGGACAGUAUUAUGCAACUUAGUAUAGAUCCUGCUGAUGACAGCUCAGUGAGAGACCCUAAAUGUCGGUUAAUAGCAUGUAUUUCACCCCAUCUGCUAACACAACCGAGACACUGCGAUCAAGUGCAGGAUUCGAGUAUGACACGCGAAUCGCCUCAGCAGAAUGAAAGCGUGAGCGGAGCGGCCCGUCGCGCGAGCUGGGAGUGGUGGGUUCACGUGGGUCUGUUGUGCAUUCCUCUGGUCGCCGUGUAUUUGCACAUCCCUCCUCCGGAGCUCUCACUUGCGCUAAACACUUGGCGCUCCUCCGGACACUUCUUCACAUUCAGAGGCAAUGACAUCUUCUAUAAAGAGUCAUUUGGUGUUGUGGGAAGCUCUGAUGUUCUCUUGCUACUUCAUGGUUUUCCUACUUCCAGCUAUGACUGGUACAAGAUCUGGGAUUCUCUGACUCAGCGCUUUAACAGAGUCAUUGCCCUUGACUUUCUGGGCUUUGGUUUCUCAGACAAACCGAGACCACACCGUUACUCCAUCUUUGAACAGGCCAGUGUGGUGGAGGCCCUGAUCGCUCAUAUAGGUCUGUCAGAGCAGAGGAUCAACAUCCUGUCACAUGACUAUGGAGACACUGUAGCUCUUGAGUUACUGUACAGGAGUGACCAUAAAAGGACUGGACACAUCACCAUAAACAGCCUCUGCCUCUCAAAUGGAGGUAUAUUCCCAGAGACUCAUUAUCCAAGAUUCAUGCAUAAAGUGCUAAAAGACUCAGGCUUCAUUUCACCUGUUCUUACAUGCCUCAUAAACUUCCAGCUCUUCUCUAGAGGAAUAAGGGGAGUUUUUAGACCAUACACUCAGCCAACCGAAGCAGAGUUCUGGGACAUGUGGACAGGCAUUCGUUUUAAUGAUGGAAAUCUGGUCAUGGACAGUAUCCUACAGUACAUUAACCAGAGACUGAAGCACAGAGACAGAUGGGUGGGGGCCCUAACCUUGACUUCAACACCAUUGCACAUGAUCUAUGGACCACUAGAUCCAGUUAAUCCACACCCCCAGUUUACCCAUCUUUAUCUGAAACUAGUGCAAAGAUCCACAGUAUCGGUUCUAGAUGAGCAUGUUAGUCAUUAUCCACAGCUGGAGGAUCCCACCGGCUUCAUCAAAUCCUACCUCAGCUUUAUCAACUCAUUCUAAAGCAAGGAUGAGGACCAGCGAGAGCUGCCCAGAGUUCUGCAUUAUUUGUGAGAAUCAAUGAGGAAAACACAGACAUUAAGCAUUUUCAAAUUAGUAGUUUGGAAUAUUGUCCCAAAUAAGCUGUGGCACAUGUGGGGGAAAAAAAGGAAAAGCAUAUUCCAGUCUAUUUAUUUACAAGCCACAAAGUAAGUAUCGGUCGCAAAAUGUCUGAAGAUGGCCAAGUAGUGCACAACAAUAUAAGCAAAGCAAAUAAAUGCUUAAAACACAAGGGACAUUUAGGCACAACACAGUGUUGUGAUGAAUGCCAUAACUCUUAUUACUUCACCAUUUCCAAAGGCAGUGCUCGAAGUGGGCUGGUAUGCACUGAUACGCCAUACCAGUACUUAUCCGAGAAUGAUGUCACAGUAGCGACAGAUAUCCUUGCGUACUUCGUUGCUCUUAUAAAGGUGCCAGUAUGGUGUCCUACUCCCAUUUAAAAUGGGCUGUACCAGCACAGAUUUCUUUCCACUUAAAGCACUGUCCAAAGGUAUCAAAUACAUUUAUAUUCAGAAAUCCAUUUCUAGCAUACAUUGAGUCUCAUGUGACUUGCAGUUGUUGUGUUGCAGCUUAAUUUUUUGUUAUGGCUCAUUUCUGUUGUGCUGUGGCAUAAUUUCAUUGUUUUCAACUUUUAUUUGCUUUUCCAAUUUAGUUGUGUUGUGCGCCCCUGGGCCACUGUAAUUAGUUCUUUACAUUUAAGCAAAAGAAAAAAAACAUGUAAACUGCCAUAACACAUGACUCAUCACGUACAGCUAGUCAAUAACUUGUCAAGGUAAAAUGCUAUGACAUAACUUGUAAAGAACUAAAUUUGUGUUUGAAGCA